AACAAAAUAAAACUUGAAUAUAAUAGUCUUAAACGAUAGAAAAAAUGUAUAGUAACUAUAUUAGCCUCAUAUCUGAUUGUUUUUUAUACUUCACAUGUAACUAAUUUACCUUACAACAUACCUUACCAUAUAUAACUGACACUGUUUAACUCAUUUUGUACUAUAUCGCCUUCUCAAAUUAAAUAAACAUUCUUCAUUUUCAUUCAGUUAAUGUUUAUUCAAUUUAGAUUAGCAAAUAUUUUUAUCUUACAAGAUUUGUUGAUACUGUGAUACUUACUUUUGCUAAAAACAUGCGUAAUUAAAACAAAACUAGUGACUCUUGUUGUGAAGUGAAAAUAAUCAUAAGAAUUUGUGUUCUGAUACCAAAGAAAUAACUUGCGUAGAAAAUUUCUUCCGAUUAUAUCUUAUCAUUCAUAUUGAUCUAUUAUAAGAGGUAAGAAUCUUAUAUCUAAUCCAUUGAACAAAAUUUUUCCAUUUCCGUAAAGUUUUCGUAAGAAUGAAAUUAUGUAGUCAUCUUAUUAAUCUUAUAGUAAUUUUGUUGUGUCACUGUCAAACACAUUGUUUCAAACAAAUAAGUUGAAACGGAUCAGAAUAAUGGAAACCACAAAUAAGUUUUGAUAAAUAAUAAGACUUCCGUGACGCAAAGGUCAAUUGCGCAGAUUCUCAAAUACAAAUUGCGAUUAAUCAUAGAACAUAAUACAAAGUAUAAAACAAAUGUACCGCGUAUAUAGCUUGGCUGGGGAAAGGCCAACGAACGUGUUAUCAUGAUCGAAGAUACCAAUUUUUCCACGUCAAAUGUAAAAUAAGAAUUGUUAUACUGAUGUUUCUAUUACUUAUACGGGUUAUUUAAAAAAGUUUGGGUGUUUUAUGAAUUAGCGGUAGCAUACCAAAAUCUUACUGACAUAAAAGUGCCUAAAAAUUAUUUGUACAAGCAAAAUGUAUGUAAACAUAUUGCUGUUUUAUAAAAGCAUAAUGAAGGAAAACUUCCUUUUUUAAAAUGUAAUCUUAAUUAGAUAACACGAGAAUCAAUACUAGAUUACUAUCAUAUCAAUGAAUUCAAUUAUAGUAUUCAUUGCUAUGAAUUAACUUGCUUAUUUAUUAUUGGUGAAAUUAAACUGGUGGGUGAAGGGAAAAUUGUUGUAACCAUCUUGUAACUACGCCGCAAGCAUUCAGAAAUAAACACUGCGUCAGUAUACUAUAUUUUGUAAUCAAUAACAAGCAGUCGAGUAUAUAUCAAGGCGCGCGCGUUUUGAUCGUUUCAAUAGAGUUUGGCGAGUGCGACGUAUAGGCGAUCUGUAAAUUGUGUGAACUUUCUGCGGAGCUCAAAUUUUGGCGGAAACCAUUAUUAAACGCUUUUAAAAGAAUAUGAAGACGCUUCCGGAUUUUGUUGAGGGUGUUCAAGUUAACUCAGAAGAGGUAAAUAGUUUUUGAUCGUUUAUUUAUUAUAGUAACUACGUGAAAUGCAUGUCUUCAAAACCUUGAAUAAUUUUCAUAGUUAUCGUAAAUUAUUACAAUCAUCAAUCAAACGUAUGUGCGCACAUAACACAUAACUAUAUAAACAAAAAUGUAUACCGUAGAUAAAUUUCUUUUGAAGACAUCUCAUCAAAUUCUUUACUUGCGAAUUUCAAGAUUUAAACCCUGUAAAUUUUACUUUUACCUAUCGAAUUUUUUCAGUAAUCGAAACAGAUUUUACUGAGUUGUAAUAGCUACAUUAUUAUAGAAAAAUUUGGUAAUAAGCAUCGUUUACGUUCAUCGAGUCCACAAUAGAAUUUAACAUGAAAAAAUAAUAAGAUUAUAAGUAAGGAUCCGUGACUGCAUCACUGAUCCCAGCACCUCAUAUUUAGAUGCGACUUAUGCUAAGACUAAAUAGAGUAAGAAUAAAACAGUUGCAGGACAGCAACUUGUCUCGCUAAAAACUGCAUGGCCUUGGUUCUUCCAUAAGUAUUUCUCUCGACGUCACACGGUCGUUUUCUCGCGUUGAUUAUACACGUUACACGAUGUGUGUGAUUUCGCCACUACAAGAGGCCGGAGAGCAAAAAGGAGACAGAGAUUUUUUAGAGAAACAAACAGACGAUAAUGCAUGAUGCGUUUUACGCGGAAACUGCGCUACUCGUAUUAAUGGAAUUGAAGUGCGAUAUUUCGCAAACACUGCGUUAUCGAGCCAUUCACGCAUUGUUUAUGAAGACGUACUGCGUUCUAAUUUUUAAAAUCAGCUAAUGGAGGAACGAUUCUUUUCGCUACUGAUGACUUUUUCGCUGUCGCCGAAAAUCUACUCAAGAGCGAGGAGCCUGUUUGGAGAGAAGACUACACGGAAUUCGGAAAAUGGAUGGACGGCUGGGAGACGCGUCGUAAGCGCAUUGCUGGACACGACUGGGCCAUAAUCGCACUGGGAAAGCCGAGUAUUCUAAGCAGCAUAUGCGUUGACACAGCCUUUUUCACGGGCAAUUACGCGCCCAGGUUCUCCUUGCAGGGGGCUUGCCUAUUUCAUACUGCUAAAGGAAUUCAAAACCGCAGGAACAAAAUGGGGUCAGCCGCUACUGUUGAGGAUCUAGAAAAAGCUUCGGAAUUGCAGUCAGAGAACUGGGAAACGAUCAUACCAAUGACGUCCUUGAAAAGUGGCAACCUGGAUACGCGCAAUCAUUUCUUCGAGCUAGACACCGGUGACCGAGUCUACACGCACCUGCGCCUCAACAUCUUUCCUGACGGCGGCGUCGCUCGGCUACGAGUCUACGGCGAAAACUCGAAGUCGCUACCGAACAAUCGGUUGCAUAUGAUGCAACCCUUGCGUGGCAAAUGCGUGGAGUUCAGCAACGCGCACUUCGGACAUCCUGACACGUUGCUCGUACCCGGACCGCCCAAGGGCAUGCACGACGCCUGGGAGACGGCCAGAAGACUGGACAGACCUCCGGAGAUUCAGGUCGACGACUCGGGAUUCAUGCAGAUUAACGGCGAGGAAUGGGCAACUUUGCUUCUAGAAAAGGCUGUCUAUGUACAUUACAUCGAGGUCGACACAAGAUUCUUCAAAGGUAACUGUCCGGAUAACGUGAAAAUCGAAGGCACCUACCUGGAACCUGGUCAAGAUUUGAAGUCAGCAAGUUGGGACAUCAUCCUAAACCGAACUAAGUUGAUGCCCAAUCAGAGCAACGGACUGAAGCAUCCCUUUAUAGAGUUGAUCAACCGGCCGAUCAAUCACGUGAAAGUCAUAAUAGCACCGGACGGUGGUAUCGCCAGAGUAAGAAUUUACGGCAGCGACUGCGAUUCUUUGAAACAGCACAAACCCGAUGACUAGGUACUCGUAAGUGCGCUGACGAGGAUGAGAAAGUCUCUACUGUAUGCAAACUCUUGAAGGAGGUUCUGUAGUUUUGGUCGACGUUUCACUUUUGCUUCGAGAAGCGGCCUGAAAUCCUGGGUACUGAUAUAUUUGUACACAGCAAAUUAUCGAAAAAUUUUUAACGAUUCCGUUCAUGCGCAUAAUUAAUUCAAUGCGAAAAUCGCGAAUUAAUUCGCGCGUAUUUUGGUCACGCACUACACAUAUUAUGAGCUUCGCUCUCGUAUUGUAAUAUAUUCCUAGGUGCUAAAAAAAACUAGAACACGCGAGUUAGGUGCACAAGUAAAAAAAUGCUGCAAGAGAUCGAAAGUAUUGCAUGCAUUGCAUUUGAAACUUUAAUGAAGCGUUUAUAUAAACGUCGCACAUACACAGACACACUGAGAUCGCACGUGUUAAAAUCGACAUACAUCAAUACAACCAUAUACAGAAAAAGCAGAAGAAUAUGUUGAAAUAUAACUUGGAAAACAGUCGGUACAUGCGAAUUUGUCCGUUUUAGUUAAUUUAUGAGAAGCACGAUAAAAAGCAUCUGAUGCGCAAAUCUAUUGGCGAUGACGAAAGCUGAGAGAGGAAUUUUUUGUUAAAAGUUUUGUAAGUAGUUUAAGGAGACAGACAGAAACUUUUCAGCAAUUUAUUUAUCGUAUUUUUAAAAUAACGCGGAAAUAUAGUAUUUAUACAUAAUUUAUUAAUUUAAUUCAGAAUGUCUCUCAAUACUUGAUGGAUAACAUUAGAUAUAUACAAUUGCGAAUAAUAUAUGGGAAAGAAACACUUUACUACAAUCGCUUUAUUAGUAUUCUACAAUUCGAUAGGAAAUUGUGCGAAAUCAGUAUUUUGCUCUUGAGCAGAUAAAUCUGAAUUAGCUGAAACAAGUAUUCACACGAAUAUUAAAUUUACUCUGUAGCGUUAUACGUUAAUAAAAACUUAUUAUAAUUUAAAAAAA